AUGAGAAGCACAGCAGUCCGACUUCUCAAGCUCAAGCCGGUGCCCGCGUCGGCAAUUCCGUCGCUCCGUCUGCCUCCCGCCGCGUCUCGCACCCAAGCCGCGUCCGCAGCUUCGUCCGGGGCAGCUCGAACCAAACCGACCAUGGCCAACGUGGCGGCCGAGCUCGAGUCGAAGCUCGUCGCGCGCCAGGAACUCGGUAGCAACGUGCGCUUCUCCGAACACGUCACCAACAAGGAGCUUUACUGGAAGAUCUCCAAGCCACAGCGAGACGUGCUCAAGAAGGUCUUGCGCGAAGCAUGA